AAAUACGGAAGGAAAUAACUUGCAAUGGGACAAGUAGAUCUGUCUGUCAGCUACACGUGUUUUCACUGCAGCAAGGAAAGUGGAGACUGAUUCUUCGUAAACAGAAAUAGAUUUAGUAGCUUUCAGCAGUCAGUUACUGAAACCAAACGCUAUCGUCUUUCUCUCAAGUCGUUUGUCACACUUCAGACACACAAGCUACGUGAAAAUGACGAACCGGGCAACCACAACAUCUGGCGGAAAAGUCUUCACAAACCACCAUGAAGUACAUCCUGGUAACCGGUGGUGUCAUAUCUGGUAUUGGUAAAGGCAUCAUUGCCAGCAGCGUUGGAACAAUCCUCAAAUCCUGCGGGCUUUACGUCACAGCCAUCAAAAUCGAUCCGUAUAUCAAUAUUGAUGCGGGCACCUUCUCACCUUAUGAACAUGGGGAAGUUUUUGUUCUCGAUGACGGUGGGGAGGUGGAUCUGGACUUGGGGAACUAUGAGCGUUUCCUGGACAUCCGUCUUACCAGAGAGAACAACCUCACGACUGGAAAGAUUUACCAGUCCGUCAUCACCAAGGAGAGGAGGGGAGACUACCUGGGCAAGACUGUACAGGUGGUACCACACAUCACGGAUGCCAUCCAGGAGUGGGUGAUGAAGCAGGCCAAGAUCUCAGUAGAUGAUGACGGUGUGGAGCCACAAGUUUGUGUCAUAGAGCUGGGAGGCACUGUGGGGGACAUUGAGAGUAUGCCCUUCAUCGAAGCCUUCAGGCAGUUCCAGUUCAAAGUGAAGAGGGAGAACUUCUGCAACAUCCACGUCAGCUUGAUACCACAGCCCAAUACCACAGGAGAGCAGAAAACCAAACCGACGCAGAACAGUGUCCGAGAGCUCAGAGGCCUGGGCUUGUCUCCAGAUUUAAUUAUGUGCCGCUGUUCUACACCCCUAGAAACGUCUGUCAAGGAAAAGAUCUCCAUGUUCUGUCAUGUGGAGCCCUCACAGGUGAUCUGUGUCCAGGACGUCUCCUCGGUUUACAAAGUGCCACUGCUGCUGGAGGACCAAGGUGUGGUGAGCUACUUCUGUCAGCGGCUGAGCCUGCCCAUCACGAUGAGGCCCAGGAAGAUGCUCACAAAGUGGAAGGAGAUGGCUGACAGAACUGCCCGUCUCUUGGAGCAUGUCUCCAUAGCUUUGGUGGGGAAAUACACAAAGUUAUCCGACUCCUACACGUCCGUUAUCAAGGCCCUGGAACACUCAGCCCUCGCUGUUAAUCACAAACUAGAAGUCAAGUACAUAGACUCUGCAGACCUGGAGGCUGCCACUCAGCAAGAUGAGCCUGUGAAAUAUCAUGAAGCCUGGCAGAAACUCUGCAGCUCUCACGGUGUAUUGGUACCAGGGGGUUUUGGUGUGAGAGGAACAGAAGGCAAGAUGCACGCUAUUAACUGGGCGAGGGAAAAGAACAAGCCAUUUCUGGGAGUGUGUUUGGGCAUGCAGCUGGCAGUGUGUGAGUUCGCCCGCAAUGUCCUCGGAUGGGAAGAUGCCAACUCGACAGAAUUUAAUCCAGAAUCCAGUCACCCCGUAGUGAUUGACAUGCUAGAGCACAACCCAGGGCAGAUGGGCGGGACUAUGAGGUUAGGCAAGAGGCGGACUAUGUUCAAAUCCAGCACCAGCGUCAUGAGAAAACUGUACGGAGAUGUGGAGUAUGUUGACGAGAGGCACAGGCACAGAUUUGAGGUGAACCCUGAGCUGAAGCACCACUUUGAAGAAAAGGGUCUUCAGUUUGUCGGCCAGGAUGUGGAAGGAGAGCGAAUGGAGAUCAUUGAAUUGGAGAAUCAUUGUUACUUUGUCGGAGUGCAGUACCAUCCUGAGUUCACCUCGAGGCCCAUGAAACCCUCUCCGCCGUACUUCGGUCUCCUGCUAGCUGCGGCUGGAAAACUUCCGAGCUACCUGGCCAAGGGCUGCCGUCUGUCUCCACGGGACACUUACAGCGACCACAGCGACCGCAGCGACAGCAGCUCUCCUGAGACAGACCUCUUCGAGCUGAAGUUCCACUCUGCGUCCUGAGAACCAAGCAUGUGAAGCUCUGUGUUCUUGUGUCACUCAAGCAGAGAAAACGCUGGUCUGCUGUUCACUGAUGAGGCAAACCAUGUAUACCUCCUGAUCGGACCGAUAUGUUGUAUAAUAAUCUAUACACUUAUAUUAAGCUUAUAUUGGAUGUGUAUAAAGGUAAAGGGAUGUGUUGCCGUCUACUCUGUAGGUUUUUAGAGUUGCUGUAAUAAGCAGAAGCCAGGGUGAAGGGUUUAAAGGGAACUGAAAGGAAACACAUUUUUUAAAUACCUGUACAAAUAUAUUUGUAAGAAGGAAAGAAAAUAACCUCGACGGUAAAGCAUCAGCUUGACAGUUUACAGUUUGUUCAAUUUUUGCAACUUUAACAAUCAUAAACCUUGAGGGAAAAUGUAGAGAUGGAUAGUAUAUGUUGCUGCCGUUAGGAAUAGAAACAUCCUAGUACUAGGAGACAGUGGGCAGCUACGGUGUCCGGUGCCUUGCUCAAGGGGCACCACAGCAGGGCCUAGGAGGUGAACUGGGACCUCUCCAAGUAGCAGUCCACUUUCCAUAUUUUAUGUCUGUUUGGGGACUUGAACUGGCGACCCUACGAUUCCCAGUCCACGCCCCUACUUACUGAGCCACUGCUGGACAUACCAUUGUUACUCCGUUACUGUCUGUCUUCCAAUUUCAUUUGUUAAUGUGUUUCUUCUUUUAGGUUUGAUACCAGAUUACACAUAACUCUCAGUCAGAGUUACCACACAAAAGUGAGUAGGCUUUAUGCCGUUAGGGUUUCAAAUAGUCCUACACUGUAUCACGAGCAUAAGAUUAAACUGGGUGACUGUGGGGUCUUUACUUAUGGUUUUAUUAAGGUGAAUUAAGUAGACAUCAGCAACUACAUUUUACUCAUUUUUAGCGGAUUAUGCACUUUAGGGUGUUAUUUCUUCAGUUGUUCACCUUAAACUUGAACUCUCCACUCCUGCUUGCAUGACUUUUAUGUUUGAGACCUUUAGCUGGCUGACAAACAAAGGCUUUGAACUCCAUUGGCUUUUACUGCCUCUUCCAGAGCUUACUAAAAUGAAAUGUACUGACUCUGUUAUCUGAAGAUCAGGUUCAUUUAAAGUGACCUUUUCAGUCGGCGUAUAAACAGAAUAAAGAAAGCUUGGAUAUGAGAACCGAUGCUUUAAACCUGAAAGAGAAACUUAAAUAUCUGAUCUCCAAACAUCCCCAGCAGCCAACUGUAUUUGACAAGAUGGCUCUUAUAGCUCAAUCAUUGCUGCCAAUGCUAAAUCUGUUGGUGACCCAAAUAUGUAUAAAAGAUGCUGUAUUUUAUACCUAUGACGCUCAGAUGCGUGUGUGAUUCAUUGUGUGUUCAUUCUGAUUAAAUAUAUUUUUAUUCCUCUUGACAA